CUGAAUUCGCAUUUGCUGAGUUUGUUCUUAAAGAAAGCACAGAAAUUUUGCGAAUUGCUUGUUCAAGUUUUUUCUACCGUCGGUUACUGUAAUCGACGACUGAAAUGCCUCCGAAAAAGAGAAGGAAAGGGAGAGGAAGAGGAAGAGGCUCCGUUCAGAAUGAUGGUCAGCCAUCUCGGCAACCACAAGCAGGCCGAGGCGAGGCACCCCCAUAUAGGCAGUCCCAAACUCAACCGGAUAGAGGGCAUGGACAACCUGGAGGACUGCAAGACAGUCCAUCAAGCAGUGCCAAUCCUCCUGUCACAGGUCGAGGCAUAACACCCCCAUAUAGGCAGUCUCAAGCUGAAUCUGGUAGAGCUGCCGAAAGACAGCAAGAAUGUCCACCACCAAGCAGAGCCAAUCCUUCUGUCAGAGGUCAAGGCAUAACACCCCCAUAUAGGCAGUCUCAAGCUGAACCGGGUAGAGCUCCUGGAAGACAGCAAGAAUGUCCACCCCCAAGCAGAGUCAAUCCUUCUGUCAGAGGCCUACCUUCUCCUGGGAUAAGUCAACCAACCCCAGUACACAAACCGCCUGCUACCCAACCCGAAAGAAAGGCAGUGGAUACAGUUAGUGCAUUGGGAAUAGAGUUGAAACAGAAAUUGGCUCUUACACCAGCACUGCCUGCUAAACCUACCCCUGGGAAACUAGGUAGACCCAUAAAAUUAAUUGCGAACCUUUUCAAUUUUCAAGCUCCUAGUGGGAAUAUAUACCACUAUGAUGUUGAAAUUAGCAAUUCCGGUCGCAGCAUGACCACAAGGCAGUUGCCUCCAACCCCGUCAGCCGCGACGCCAGAAGAAGGUAAAGAAAAAGAUCGUUGUUUAAGUACUAAAAAGAAUAGAGAGAUCAUAAAUGAGUUGAUACUGACCAAUGCAGAAUUCGAAGGCCGUCAUCCUGCAUAUGAUGGGAUGAAGAAUAUGUACACAAGAGAACCUUUAAAAAUCGGCAAAGAACUGAAACGAGAUGUUUAUUUGGAAGAGGCGGUUCCGGGUGAUCCCCGGGGUAAGAAGAAGGAGACUUUUAAAAUAACCAUUAAACCUGUUCAGAAGACCGAAACACAUGACUGUGCUAUUAGUUUGGAUCCCCUUCAUGCUUUAUUUGCUGGUACGGUCACUUCAGUACCACAAGAAGCUGUCAUGGCUAUGGAAACAAUUCUCCGACAUGGACCCUGCAAACACGCUACUCCUAUUGGUCGAUCGUUUUAUUACCCUCCAUUGCCCCAAGAUAUUCACCCUCUUGGUGGUGGAUUAGAAAUCUGGUUUGGGUAUCAUCAGAGCUUUCGUUUAGGCCAAUGGAAACCACUGGUUAACAUAAAUAUAACGACCACCGCUUUUUACCAGAAAGGUCCUAUUUUGAAGUUCAUCGCAGACUUUUUGCAUAUUGAAGAUAGGGAAUUACAACAAAUGAAAUGUCUCAAAGACAGUGACAUUACUAAAAUAGGCAAGCAGCUAAAAUCAGCGCGCAUCGAGGUGAUUCAUUUAAAGUAUCGAAGGAAAUAUCGUGUAGUAAAUUUAACAAAAGAUAGUGCCCAAAACAAAAUUUUUAAUAAUACAACUGCAGAUGGUCAGAGUGUGAAAAUGUCUGUAGCACAGUACUUUGCUCUAAAUUAUACACCCUUGAAAUAUCCCAAUCUUCCAUGUAUUCAAGUUAAUCCUGAAAACAGAGGAAUAUUCAUCCCUAUCGAAGUUUGUCAUUUAGUCGAAGGACAGCAUUUCAGGGCAAAAUUGGAUGAUAAACAAAGUGCUCAAAUGAUCAGGUUUACUUCACAACCACCUAAAAAGAGAUUAGAAGAAAUAAAAGAAACCAUUACAUCAGCCAGAUUCAAUGAGGAUCCCUGCGUUAGAGAAUUCGGUUUGAAAGUUUCAACUGAACCUCUGUCUUUGGAAGGAAGAGUCCUAGAGCCGCCAGACGUUAUAUAUAAAGAUAAUAAAAAGGUUACACCUCACGAUGGCUCCUGGAACAUAAAGGGUAGACAGUAUCUAAAAGGUGCUAAAAUAAAUACCUGGGUAUUGUUAAGUUUUUCGAAUAUCAAUUUUUGUGGCUAUCCUGCUUUAGAACGUUUCGCAGAACUUCUGUGCCGAAUUGCAUGGGAACAAGGCAUUGUCAUAAGUCAUCCAGCAAUAAUUGAUAUUAUAGAUAUUCAUCGCCGAAAUAUAAAAAGCAUUCUUACAGAAGUAAAGGACAAGUAUGAUGCCAAUCUAGUAGUAAUAGUUGUUCCCGCUAAUGAUAAAGUUGUAUAUGGAGAAAUCAAACACGUGGCGGAAACUAUGCUUGGCCUCAACACCCAAUGCAUUAAAGACAAUAACAUUGUCUUUAAUUGCAACGUGCCAUUAGUAAGUAACGUGUGUCAAAAAAUUAAUGCUAAGACGGGUGGUGUGAAUAAUACAUUAACUUUUGAUGAACCACCAUCCAUUAUGCGAAAGCCAGUAAUUAUCAUCGGGGCCGAUGUGACGCAUCCUGGACCUUCAGUUGAAAUGAAACCUUCCAUUGCUGCUUGUGUGGGGAGCUUGGAUUAUUAUCCUUUCAGAUAUGCUGUUAAACUAAGUUUACAAAAAUCCACUAAUGAAAGUAAAGAAUCUAUUGAGAUUAUUUUAAAUUUAAAAGAAAUGGUGAUCGAACUUUUGAAGAGAUUCUACAUCCACACUAGAGGAAAAAAGCCUGAAAAAAUCCUAUUCUACCGUGAUGGCGUGAGUGAAGGGCAGUUUUAUCAAGUUAAACAGGAGGAGGUGAAAUCCAUCAGAGAAGCUUGCACUGCGCUAGAAUCCUGCUAUCAGCCUGGAAUAACUUUCAUUGUUGUUCAGAAGCGUCAUCAUGUGAGAUUUUUUCCCGAAGAUGCAAGAACAGGAGUUGGUAAAAUGCGAAAUGUCCCUCCUGGAACUACUGUUGACACCACUGUAGUGCAUCCCUUGAACUACGAUUUCUUUUUGUGCAGUCACUUUGGUUUACAAGGUACUAGUAGACCAGCUCAUUAUACCGUCAUUGAAGACGAUAAUGAGUUUGGUUCUGAUGAUCUUCAAAAGUUAACAUAUUACUUAUGCCAUACUUUUGGCCGUUGCACCAGGAGCAUUUCAAUUCCCACUCCUGUGCAAUAUGCCCAUUUAGCUGCAUUCCGUGCGAGAUAUUACCUGUUACAAACUAUAUCUGAAAAUAGUGCCAGCAGCACAUCAUCAGAUUACCAUUCUAUAUCAGAAGCCGCCAAGAAAGCCUUAGACAAUGCUGAAAAAUUUAUGAAGGAUACCAUGUUCUUUUUGUAAUACGCAGUUUAGUGGAUGCUAUUUGUUUUCUGUCUUCAUUCAAUCCUUGUUUAUUUGUCAUCUAUUUUUUAAAAUUAGACAAAUGUAAGAAAAAAUGAGUCGGGUAUUUUGAUAUCGAACUGAUUUUAGAUUUUGAUUUAGUGGAAUUUUUUUAUAU